CUGAUAUCACAUUAGCUCAUGCUGAACAUGUCUUCUUUCCCAUCCAGACAGGAUCGGGGAAGACGUACACGAUGGGGACCGGCUUUGACGUCAACAUAAUGGAGGAGGAGCUGGGGAUCAUUCCUCGUGCCGUCCAUCAUCUCUUCAAGGGCAUUGAGGAGCGCCGGCAGGUGGCCCAGGAGCAGGGACGUCCGGUACCAGAGUUCAAGAUCAACGCACAAUUCCUCGAGCUUUACAAUGAGGAGGUCCUGGACCUGUUUGACUCCACACGAGAUAUGAAGCAGAAAUCUCACAUUAAGAUCCACGAAGACGCCAACGGAGGCAUCUAUACGGUUGGAGUGACCACACGGACUGUUUCCUCGGAGACUGAGAUGAUGCAGUGCCUGAAGCUGGGCGCUCUGUCUCGUACGACAGCCAGCACUCAGAUGAAUGUCCAGAGCUCCCGAUCCCACGCCAUCUUCACCAUCCACCUGUGCCAAGUUCGCGUCUGUGCCUCUGACAAUCAAGAAGGUGAGAAUGAUAAUAAGGUGUCUAAUGGAAACGGGGAGAUGGAUGAAUAUGAGACGCUGACUGCCAAGUUUCACUUUGUGGACCUGGCUGGUUCUGAGAGACUGAAGAGAACCGGAGCGACGGGCGACCGGGCCAAAGAGGGCAUCUCCAUCAACUGUGGACUGCUGGCGCUGGGGAACGUAAUCAGUGCUCUAGGAGACCGAAGCAAGCGGGCUUCUCAUGUGCCUUACAGAGACUCCAAACUGACCCGACUGCUGCAGGACUCACUGGGAGGAAACAGCCAAACGGUUAUGAUAGCAUGCAUUAGUCCGUCCGAUCGUGACUUCAUGGAAACCCUGAACACGUUAAAGUACGCCAACCGAGCCCGCAACAUCAAGAACAAGGUGAUGGUGAACCAGGACAAGGCCAGCCAGCAGAUCAGCGCGCUGAGGACCGAGAUCGCCCGACUGCAGAUGGAGCUGAUGGAGUAUAAGACGGGUAAACGCAUGGUGGGCGAGGACGGCGUGGAGAGCUUCAGCGACAUGUUCCAUGAGAACUCCAUGCUGCAGACUGAGAACAGCAACCUGAGGGUGAGGGUGAAAGCCAUGCAGGAGACCAUUGACGCCCAGAGGGCUCGCCUCACCCAGCUGCUCAGCGAUCAGGCCAACCAGGCUCUGGCCAGGGCAGGUGAAGGAGGAACGGAGGAAAUCGGAAACAUGAUACAGAGUUACAUCAAAGAAAUUGAAGAUCUUCGGGCUAAGCUGCUGGAGAGUGAAGCGGUGAAUGAGAACCUGAGGAAGAAUCUGUCGCGCGCCUCCACCCGUCAGUCGUUCUACGGGGGGCCCGGCUCCUUCUCCAACGCCCUGAUGGCCCCCGAGAAAGAGACCGCCGACAUCAUUGAGCUUGCUAAGAAAGACCUGGAGAAACUGAAGAAGCGAGAGAAAAAGAAAAAGAAAAGACUCCAGCAGCUGUUGGAGGAGAGAGAGAGGGAGGAAAGGGAGGAGGUGUUGGAGGAGGUGGAUGCCAGCGUAAACAAAGAAGAAGUUCCUGACAACGAACAGGAGAAACCAAAUGAGAAGGAAAUGAACGAAGAGACUGAAAUGGAUGUACAAGACACCAGUGAUCAUGAAGAUGGAGAGGAUGAGGAGGAGGAGGAGGAAGAGGAGAUGGAUGUGGAGGAGAGCUCUGACGAUUCUGACUCUGAGUCGGAUGAAAAAGAGAACUACCAGGCCGAUCUGGCCAACAUCACAUGUGAGAUCGCCAUCAAGCAGAAGCUGAUCGACGAGCUGGAGAACAGCCAGCGGCGUCUGCACACGCUCAAGCAGCAGUACGAGCAGAAGCUGAUGAUGCUGCAGUGCAAGAUCAGGGACACCCAGCUGGAGCGCGACCGCGUCCUUCAGAACAUGAACUCUGUGGAAAGUGGCACAGAGGACAAGGCUCGUAAAAUCAAGGCUGAAUAUGAGAAGAAGCUGAGCGUCAUGAACAAGGAGCUUCAGAAGCUCCAGUCGGCUCAGAAGGAACACGCCCGCCUGCUGAAGAACCAAUCACAGUACGAGAAGCAGCUGAAGAAGCUCCAGAUGGAUGUGACUGAAAUGAAGAAGACAAAGGUUCGUCUUAUGAAGCAAAUGAAGGAGCAGCAGGAGAAAAAUCGACUGAAUGAGUCGCGCAGGAACAGAGAAAUUGCCUCUUUGAAAAAGGACCAGCGAAAGCAAGAGCAUCAACUAAAGCUGCUGGAGGCUCAGAAAAGGCAGCAGGAGCUGAUUCUGAGGAGGAAGACUGAGGAGGUGACUGCUCUGAGAAGGCAGGUGAGGCCCACCUCAGGUAAAGUGGUCCGGAAAGUCAACCUUCCGGAGGUUCAGGACUCCAGCCACCGCCCGCCCUCCGGACGCCUUUACUCCUCCAGCAGCACGGCUGCCAACGGCACAUGGUCCUCCUACAGGCGCACAGCUGGUGUUUAUUCCACCAGAGUCGCUCGUAACAAAUGGCAGACCCUGGAGCGGCGCAUCUCAGACGUCAUAAUGCAGAGGAUGACCAUCUCUAACAUGGAGGCCGACAUGAACCGUCUCCUCAAGCAACGAGAGGAGCUGACGAAGCGAAAGGAGAAGGUGAUCAGGAAGCGGGACCGGCUGUUGAGAGAGGGUCUGGAGGCAGAGAAGACCGUGCUCCCUCUCAACGAGGAAGUGGAUGCUCUGACCGCCAACAUUGAUUACAUUAAUGACAGCAUCGCCGACUGUCAGGCCAACAUCAUGCAGAUGGAGGAAACCAAGGAGGAGGGUGACACAGUGGACGUCUCUGCUGUGAUUGGUUCUUGCACUCUGGUUGAAGCUCGUUUCCUAUUGGAUCAUUUCAUGUCCAUGGCAAUUAACAAGGUACCGCCCCUCACCUUAACAGGAGACACCAAACCUGCUUUGUUAGCU